AUGAUCCGCCUGAUAAGAUGGACCUUGAGGGAGGAGGCUUUGACCCAACCUCCUGCUGAUGAGUGCCUUUCUUCCCCUCACUAUCUCAUGAUGAAUAUAAUCAUUUGGAAUUGCAGGGGGGCCCGAAAGCCUUCCUUUCUCCCCAAUGCUAGAGACUUGAUUGUUGAUCAUGACCCUGCCAUCAUGGUGAUCAUGGAGACUCGGAUUGGUGGAGAUAGAGCAAAAGAAAUAACAGAUAGGCUUCCCUUUCAGGGAGCUAUCCACACGGAGACAAUUGGCUACGUAGGAGGAUUAUGGUUGCUUUGGAAUACUGACAGAGUGGAAGUUACUAAUCUCACCGGUACGGAGCAAGAGAUUCAUGCCAGUGUGAAGGUAAAAUCUUCAAACCUUUACUGGUUAUUUACUGCUGUUUAUGCAAGUCCAAGAUUCAGAGAGAGACGUUUACUUUGGAAUAAUCUUAAAUAUGUUUCUAGUAUUCAUAAUUUGCCUUGGAUAAUUGCUGACGAUUUUAAUGAAUUGUUGUCUAGUGAAGAAAAGUUUGGUGGUAGGCCUAUCAGCCUAUAUAGAGCUAAUUUAUUUAAGGAAUGCUUGGACUCUUGCAACAUGGCAGAUCUUGGAUUCCAAGGGCCGAGGUUCACCUGGACCAACAAGCAAGACAUAACAACCCUCAUUCAAGGGAGACUAGACCGAUUUUUUGCAAAUCCAGAUUGGUGUGUUAUGUAUCUUGAAGCUCAGAUAACCCAUCUUACUAGGUGCUCCUCUGACCAUUGCCCGGUUUUGCUUGAGCUACAACCUCAGAGCAACUUCAGGCUUCCAAGGCCCUUCAGGUUCCAAAGCUUUUGGUUGUCAGACCAAACAUUCCCAACUGUUGUUCGAAAUGCAUGGUCUAGCAAUGAAAAUUUAUUUGAGGCUACCUCCAAAUUCUCCAGAGAUGUUGCUGAUUGGAACCAUACACAUUUUGGCAAUAUUUUUGCAAAAAAGAGGAGAACUGUGGCCAGGCUGAAUGGUGUCCAAAAAGCCAUGGUGACUAGACCGAACACCUUUCUUAUUACCCUGGAAAGAAAGCUGCUUUUGGAAUUGGCUUUGGUGAAUAGCCAAGAGGAGGAAUUAUGGGCGUUGAAGUCUCGAAUAAAUUGGAUGACCCAAGGUGAUCGUAAUACAGCAUUCUAUCAUAUGUCUACUCUCAUCAGGAGGAAGCAUAAUAAAAUUCUAAACUUGAAGGAUAAUCAAGGAGAAUGGAUUACCAAUAUUCAUGCUGUCAUGGAGUUUGUUCGCAGUAGUUGUAUUACUCUGUUCUCUACGGACCUUGUUGCAGCUCCUAGAGAGGUUCCCCCUUUUGAGUAUAUCUGCCACAAAUCUCUGAGACUGAAGCUCAGGUGCUAA